AGUUGGGGGUGACUAAAAUGGUGCACGUAUCAAACAUGAAUUCUUCUCGGUCUCUAGAAACCCCGAUCCCUCGGACAUUUCGGACGAGACGAGAGAGAUGGGAGGAGGAGCGAUGAGAACCGCGGCCAAGGCCGCCCUCGGUGGCUACCGCUCCGUGGGGCCGCUCGCUGGCCAGGCGGCGGUGGCUGCUGCCCGGAGGGCUUCCAGACCACCGCCCGCGACCGUCUCCGCUGUGGCGCCGGUGGCUGAGGGAGGCCCCGCGGUCCCCCUCCUCUCCUCGGAGAAGGGCCGGAGCGACGCCCUCGCGGUCCAGGAGAUCCAGAGGUCGUCAUGGGAGAUCGACGAAUGGGAGUUCGCUGGCGGGGAGGAGGAGGAGCUUCUCGAUUCGCUGCAUCCGGCCCCGAGGGUCGUGUUCGGGCCCGUACCGACCUUGGAGGAGGCGAAGGAGGCGACUGCGGAUCUCAAAGAUGCCGUCGAGAGGGUAUAUUUCUCUCCAAGUACUGAGGUUUCUCUAGAGGGAGUUCAGGGAUGUACUUCUCGUGAAAAUGUAGCACUAGUGCAGUCAAUGCCUAAACAUGUUGUCCAGGCAUUUUCAUUGCUGCAAGGAAGCCCGGAAGCUCAGGAUGUUGUUGCUUCACUUGCGGCUGAUAAGAAUGUUUGGGAUGCUGUAAUGAAAAAUGAGAAGGUUAUGGAGUUCUACAGGACUCAGCAGUCUGUUGUUCUCCAGGCUGAAACAAAUGUGGAUUUUGAGGAAUCUGUUGGUGAAAAUGAGUGCACCAAAGAAUAUCCCGAGAGCCCAAAAAGUCCUGCAGGAGACUCCCAAACCUCAGUCUUUACAGAAAUAAUGGGUCACAUCAAGCUGAAAGUAACAGAGAUGGUAAGUCAUAUAUCCAACUUCCUUCAAGAUCUUUUGGGGACUUCAACAGGAGCUCAGAGCUCUAGCAGCACAAAGAGUACCGGCUCCAUUGGGUCUAAUGUGGAUGUCGCUGUAGGAGCAUCCUUCAUAGCAUUGGCAAUUGCAACAAUCUUGGUGGUUUUGGUCAAGAGAGGAUAGUUUGAGAAGCCAGUCUCUCUGCUGCUUUGAUAUUAAUUCACACUAUGUUCCAACAUACAAGAAACUUUAUUCCAUUGCAUUAUCAUCUCUCAUGGAUUUGUGGGGAAUUGAUUUUUGGAGAGACCUGUGGUAGUCAGUGGAAUCUCUUUUCAUCCUGUGUCUGUUGUAUCUCUGUGUAGAGCAUAUAUAUAAGAAUAUAAACAUAAUGGUGAAGUGGAAUGGUUGGUAAAGAAUUUCUCAUCAGUGUCAUAUCCCAGAAGUAAAUCACUGUUGUUAUUUAUCUCAGCAAAUUCUAAAUCUAGUGGCCCUUUGGCAUCUCA